ACGAUAAACAACCUAAUUCACUAUCUAAAACUAAACGCUCCGUGCACUACGGGCAAAAUCCUAAACAUGAAACAUAAGACCUAAACAUGAAACAUAAGACACUCACAAACUUACGUGGUGGGACAGGACUAAUGUGCGGACUAACUAAUUACACAGGAAAUUAAAAAAUUCAGACCCACACCAAAGUCCCAAGAGCGCCUCUAGCGGCGCGGAGGCUGAAUGUCACAGAAAGGAGCCAGAGACCAGGGGUAAAAGGCAGACACAGGCCAUAAACAAUCGGUCAGUCAAACACAACAUUAGAUGUCAGCACUUAAUGUGCGACCGAACCUUGAGAGGGAGAGAGAUUGUUUGUCUAAAAAUGUUCCGUUCUGAGUCUAAUCAACCAGAAUGCAUGGUUGCUAUACAGAGUCAGAAAUGAACACAAGAAGCAUAAAAGUACAAUUUUUCCAUUACACCACUUUAACUGUGACGCGUUCAGCUGUUGGAAGCAGGAAGCAGCACAUUGACUUCUCCAUCACUACAGGAUCUAAACAAACUGAUGUAAACAGUGUUUCCCAUACUUAGGAGUACAAAAAAGAAUUUAUAGGGGUGUCUGAUUUAGAUUUGUGUUAAACAUCAAACUGUUUUCAGAUACUACUAUCUGAAUAGAUAGAUGUUUUGUUAAGCAGAUCAGUUUCACUUCUUUCUUGUCUGUGAUGUGUGGACAGACCAGGUGAGCUGCUGGACACUGAGGUUCUGAAACAGUGAGUGAGGAAACCGGGCUCUGCUGGGUUUAAACCUUCUGUAUGUGCUGGUGACCAGUUCACCUUCAUCACACUUUAUGUUAGAAAAAGCUCUUAGAAGCGGUUCCUUCAGUCAGUUCUGUAAAACACUUGAACACAGUUCACACUCCAUUUAAAAGUGAAAUCAUUCUAGAACCAUGUUGGACAGAGUGUUGCUGUUGAGCUCUGAUGCUCUUCACGCAUUUGUGGGAGAUAAGGACUGAUCCACAGACAGAAUCCAUCCAGUUCUAUCUAAGCAAAGAUAGAGAAAAGUCCCAGAACGCCAGCAGACGAGCUUCCAAGUCAGAGAGUUCCCUUUAAUCCAUGUUCAUACUGGUAUAACUCAUGUCCACAAUACUUCCAGUCAGAUGAUAUGAAGCUGUGUUGAUUCAUCUCCUUUGGCAGAAAAAACAGCUGAAAGUUCUUUAACUCGUUACAGAAGUUCCCCUGAAUCUUGUAGGAUGCUUUGCUUUCACUCUUCUGUCCAGUUCAUCACAAACCACCUGGAGUAGCUUUAAGUCUGGACAAUGCCGUAAAACUAUAGCCCGGAAGAAACAAAACAUAAUGAAGAAUUUUAAUAGAAUUUUUGGUAGCAGUUCAAUCCAAAAGCAUUAAACUACUGUUGGGCAAUGAUUAAAAUCAUUAAUAGCGAUUAACAAAAAAAAUAGUAUAUUGUAUGGUAUAUUCCUUGUAGUAUAGUAAAUAGUAUAUUGCUUAUUUUUAUUUCACUACUACUCUCCGGUGAGAGCAACGGUUGUCCUUUUUUAUAGACACCUUUUAUCUUUCUCAUUUUAUCUGUGUCACGGCUUCCGAGGUAGCGGACCCACAUGCACAGCGAAGACAAAGCUUGAGUGGUAACGCAGUUUACUUAAUUCGUGGUCAGGCAAACGAAGGUCAAUACACAGGGCAGGCAAGUACAGUACAGACAGGGUUUAGACAAGCGGGGUGGUCACAAGGCAGGCUAGGGUUAACUCAUGGCAAGACAGGAUCAUAGACGAGGCAAGAGUCAGGGUCAGGAGAAGCAAGGUCAUACACAGGUUCAAGAUCAUGAGAAUACACGCUGGAUUGCUGGCUAAUACACAUAGACAAUCUGGCAACCGGUUGGUGUGAGAGGUGGUGCUUAAGUAGUGGCAAUUGAUGGUUAGAUGGGGAACAGGUGUGUGGUCUGGAGCAGGAAGUAAAGCUGGCAGUAACUAAUAAUGGCUGAGGCAGGAAGUGACAAUAACAUAAAACCGGAAAUGAACAUAAACAAUGGUGCAGUGAAUGAGUCCAUGACAAUCUGCUCUCGGCUCUAUUCGCUUACAGUUCAGUGAGAUCUGCAGCGGUUUUAGGCCCCACCCCCAAAUGCUCUAAUUGGUUAAGAAGCGUAUCUCAGGCCAGUACCGAUCAACCGCCUGGUCCUUCAGUGACCCAUCGUUUGUCUGUAACUGUAUUCAGAGCCAGUGAGCAACGGACAUUACAAAUAUUAUUAAUAAAAAGAAACUGCAUUAACACGUAUCGUCGGCAUCAACGGCGUCUUGCGUUAACGCGUGAUACCUAGACCUUACCUAGAAUUACAUAAAACUAAAUUUUAGUCUCUGCACCGUUUAAUGUACUCCGCAAUUAGAGUCAGAAUCAUUGUGUGAGUCAAGUUACAUCUCUGUGAUUUACUGAGUUCAUGUCAAUGUGAUCAGACUGGUUGUGGUCCCUGACAGAAGUAGAGCAGCUGGUGCAGCUUCCUCUGCCUCCCACUGUCUGACUGCAUCCAGCUGACACUGAUAUGAACCACAGAAGAAGAGAUUAGUGGAGGAGCAGCUGAUGAUGAUGAAGGAGGAUUUCAGUUGAUGUGCAGAUCAACGAUUUGUGUUUCUUCUCCACAUGAAGGUAGAAAGUGUGAAUCCAGCAGCAUGAAUCAGUGUGAGGACAGAGAGGAGGGAGCCCCUCCCUCUAAAACCAGUCUGUGUGGGGACCACGAGAACCAGAACAAAGCUCAGAGGUCCCAUCAGAGACGAGGAUCUGCUGAACCUGGACCUAGAGCCAGCUGUGUGUCCUUCAAGAGCGACCGGUCGAAACCCCAUUUUAUUGAUUUUAAAGACCAACCUGUAUCAGAAUCACAAGUGGACCAGCAGAGCUCAGAGGUUCCCAGUGCUCAGUCUGUCCAGCAGCACCAAACACAGAUGGACUCCAUAUUUAUGCUGCUGGAGGAAAACAUUGUCACGUUUGUGAAGAAGGAGCUAAAGAAGAUGCAGAGGGUUCUGAGUCCAGAUUACCCAGAAUGCUUAGAGAGUCAGAGGGAGGAUGAGGAGGAGUUGGGUGGUGAGGAUGAAGAGCAGAGGGAGAGCAGCAGAGACGCGUUUCUAAAGAUCACAGUGAACUUCCUGAGGAGGAUGAAGCAGGAAGAGCUGGCUGACUGUCUGCAGAAACCAGAUCCAAUGGUUCCAGUACCAGAGCUACGGUUCAUCACAUAUUACCAGCAGAUGCUUCAAUCAAACCUCCAAGACCAGUUUCUCUGUGUGAAACCAGGCUGGUCAGAAGUCGACCAACGUCUGGAUGACAUCUACACAGAGCUGUACAUCACAGCUGGGCCGGAUUCACACAUCAACACACAGCAUGAGGUCCAACAGCUUGAGACGACACAGCAGAAGCAAAGAUCAGCAGAGGAGCCAGUGAAGCCCAGUGACCUGUUCAAACAUCCCCCUGGUAAAUACAGACGCAUCAGAACAGUGUUGACCAAUGGAAUCGCUGGGAUUGGAAAAACAGUCCUUGUUCACAAGUUUAUGUUGGACUGGACCCAACAAAGGUCCAAUCAAGACGUGCAUCUGAUUUUCCCCUUCACCUUCCGUCGGCUGAAUCCACUGAAGGGACAGAAGUUUAGUUUGUCAGAGCUCAUUCAUGAAUGUAUCCCAGAAACUGAGUCCAUCAGCCUGGAGGCUCUGAAUUACAUCUUUACACGUCUACAGUCAUCAGGAAACAGCAACUAUGACAAGAGCAGCUUCAAACUUCUGUUUGUGUUUGAUGGACUGGACGAGAGUCGCCUCCAACUGGACUGUAGCACCAGUGAGAAGGAGACGGGUCAACGUGACGUCACAGAGUCCACCUCAGUGGAUGAGCUGCUGACAAACCUCAUCAGAGGAAAACUACUACGCUCUGCUCGCAUCUGGAUCACCACACGACCUGCAGCAGCCAAUCAGAUUCAUGGAGACUUUGUUGAGGUGGUGACGGAGGUCAGAGGGUUCACUGACCCACAGAAGGAGGAGUUCUUCAGUAAGAGAUUCACAGAUGAGGAGCAGAGCAACACAAUCAUGUCCCACAUCAAGACGGCACGAAGCCUCCACAUCAUGUGCCACAUCCCAGUCUUCUGCUGGAUCACUGCUACGGUUCUGGAGGAUCUGCUGGAAACCAGAGAGGGAGGAGAGCUGCCCAAGACCCUGACGGAGAUGUACGCAGAGUUCCUGCGGUUUCAGAUGGAUCGGACUAAAGACAAGUACGGACCAGAACAGAGCAGCAACUACAUCAAGUCAUUGGCUAAACUGGCUUUUAAGCAGCUGCUAAAGGGAAACUUGAUCUUCUAUGAGGAAGAUCUGAAAGAGAGCGGCAUCGAUGUCAGAGGAGCCUCAGUGUGUUCAGGAGUGUUCACAGAGAUCUUUAAACAGGAGCGAGGGAGGAAAAACAAAGACAAGAUGUUCAGCUUUGUUCAUCUGAGCGUUCAGGAGUUUCUGGCUGCUGUUCACAUGAUGCUCUGUUACACCAACGGGAAGAUGGAGGAACUGGAGGAGUUUCUGAGGAAAGACUGUGAUGAUGAUGAUGAUGAUGAUGAUGAUGAUGAUGAUGAUGAUGAUGAUGAUGAUGAUGAUGAUGAUGAUGAUGAUGAUGAUGAUUCAUUUCAGGAUGUUGUUCUGAGUAGAACCAUGUUUAAAUCCCUCCUCAGUCCAAGUGGCCACCUGGACCUGUUUGUUCGCUUCCUUCAUGGCCUCUGUCUGGAGUCCAACCAGAGAAUCUUAGGAGGUUUGCUGCUUCACACAGAGAACAGUCCAGAAACCAUCCAGAGAAUCAUCAACAACCUGAAGGAGAUGAAUAGUGAUGAAAUCUCUCCAGACAGAAGCAUUAACAUCUUCCACUGUCUGAUGGAGAUGAACGACCACUCAGUCCAUCAGCAGAUCCAAGAGUUCCUGAAGUCACAGAACAGAUCAGAGGAACUCUCCUUGAUCCAGUGCUCAGCUCUGGCCUACAUGCUGCAGAUGUCAGAGGAGGUUCUGGAUGAGUUGGACCUGAACAAGUACAAAACAUCAUGGGAGGGACGACUGAGACUGAUUCCAGCUGUGAGGAACUGCAGAAAGUUUAAACUUUCUAGAUGUGGACUCACAGAGACUCACUGUGAAGUUGUGGCCUCAGCUCUGAAGUCCAACCCGUCACAUCUGACACAUCUGAACCUGAGUAACAACAUCCUGCAGGACUCAGUGAAGGUUCUGUGUGCUGGACUGGAGAGUCCUCACUGUCGACUGGAGACUCUGAGAUUGAGAGGCUGCAGUUUGUCAGAGAUCAGCUGUGAUUCUCUGGUCUCAGCUCUGAUGUCCAAGCCGUCACAUCUGACACAACUGGACCUGAGAGGAAACAAGCUGCAGGAUUCAGGAGUGAAGCAUCUGUGUGGUUUUCUGGAGAGUCGUCACUGUCGACUGGAGACUUUGAGAUUGAGUUGCUGCAGGUUGUCAGAGAUUAGCUGUGAUUCUCUGGUCUCAGCUCUGAAGUCCAACCCGUCACAUCUUACACAUCUGGACCUGAGUUGGAACAACCUGCAGGAUUCAGGAGUGAAGCAUCUGUGUGGUUUUCUGGAGAGUCGUCACUGUCGACUGGAGACUCUGAGACUGAGUGGCUGCAGGUUGUCAGAGAUCAGCUGUGAUUCUCUGGUCUCAGCUCUGAAGUCCAACCAGUCACAUUUGACACAACUGGACCUGAGUGGAAACAACCUGCAGGAUUCAGGAGUGAAGCGUCUGUGUGGUUUUCUGGAGAGUCGUCGCUGUCGACUGGAGACUCUGAGAUUGAAUCGCUGCAGUUUGUCAGAGAUCAGCUGUGAUUCUCUGGUCUCAGCUCUGAAGUCCAACCCGUCACAUCUGACACAACUGGACCUGAGCUACAACAACCUGCAGGAUUCAGGAGUGAAGCAUCUGUGUGGUUUUCUGGAGAGUCGUCACUGUCGACUGGAGACUCUGAGAUUGAGUGGCUGCAGUUUGUCAGAGAUCAGCUGUGAUUCUCUGGUCUCAGCUCUGAAGUCCAACCCGUCACAUCUGACACAACUGGACCUGAGUAACAACAACCUGCAGGAUUCAGGAGUGAAGCAUCUGUGUGGUUUUCUGGAGAGUCGUCACUGUCGACUGGAGACUCUGAGAUUGAAUUGCUGCAGUUUGUCAGAGAUCAGUUGUGAUUCUCUGGUCUCAGCUCUGAAGUCCAACCCGUCACAUCUGACACAACUGGACCUGAGUGACAACAACCUGCAGGAUUCAGGAGUGAAGCAUCUGUGUGGUUUUCUGGAGAGUCGUCACUGUCGACUGGAGACUCUGAGAUUGAUUGACUGCAGUUUGUCAGAGAUCAGCUGUGAUUCUCUGGUCUCAGCUCUGAAGUCCAACCCGUCACAUCUGACACAACUGGACCUGAGUGACAACAACCUGCAGGAUUCAGGAGUGAAGCAUCUGUGUGGUUUUCUGGAGAGUCGUCACUGUCAACUGGAGAUUCUGAGAUUGAUUGACUGCAGUGUGUCAGAGAUCAGCUGUGAUUCUCUGGUCUCGGCUCUGAAGUCCAACCCGUCACAUCUGACACAACUGGACCUGAGUAACAACAAGCUGCAGGAUUCAGGAGUGAAGCAUCUGUGUGGUUUUCUGGAGAGUUGUCACUGUCGACUGGAGACUCUGAGAUUGAUUGACUGCAGUGUGUCAGAGAUCAGCUGUGAUUCUCUGGUCUCAGCUCUGAAGUCCAACCCGUCACAUCUGACACAACUGGACCUGAGUAACAACAACCUGCAGGAUUCAGGAGUGAAGCAUCUGUGUGGUUUUCUGGAGAGUUGUCACUGUCGACUGGAGACUCUGAGAUUGAGUCGCUGCAGGUUGUCAGAGAUCAGCUGUGAUUCUCUGGUCUCAGCUCUGAAGUCCAACCCGUCAUAUCUAAAACAACUGGACCUGAAAUACAACAUCCUGCAGGAUUCAGGAGUGAAGCAUCUGUGUGUUUUUCUGGAGAGUCGUCGCUGUCGACUGGAGACUCUGAGAUUGAGUUGGUGCUGGUUGUCAGAGAUCAGCUGUGAUUUUCUGGUCUCAGCUCUGAAGUCCAACCCGUCACAUCUGACACAACUGGACCUGAGCUGGAACAACGACCUGCAGGAUUCAGGAGUGAAGCAUCUGUGUGGUUUUCUGGAGAGUCGUCACUGUCGACUGGAGACUCUGGGAUUGAGUCGCUGCGGGUUGUCAGAGAUCAGCUGUGAUUCUCUGGUCUCAGUUCUGAAGUCCAACCCGUCACAUCUAAUUCAACUGGACCUGAGCUGGAACAAGCUGCAGGAUUCAGGAGUGAAGCAUCUGUGUGGUUUUCUGGAGAGUCGUCGCUGUCGACUGGAAACUCUGAGGUCAGACUCCAUGUUUUAGUUCUGUGUGAGUUUA